UCGAGGUCGCCCAUGAACGAUAUGGGAGCGCGCUCCCGAUACUUCAGGUGAAUGAGAGGGAAGCGGAGGAGCGGGACACGGUUCACUGUGCGUCGCAAUAAAAAGGAACAAUUAGAGGAAAAUGAGUUGUGUUACGUCGCUUGGGGCGCAUGUUUUUAUGACAGCAUAUCUACUGUCCGUGAUGGGAUGCGUUGCACAAAAAGUGUACUUUGACUGCGGAGCCAAGGUGGAUGUGGUGGAUGUCCAAGGCCUCAUUCUGUCUCCUGGCUUCCCCUACAACUACUCCUCUGGGACACACUGUGUUUGGCAAUUUGUUGUGCCCGUUGAUUACCAGCUUAUUCUGGAAAUAUUUGACUUUGAUGUGUUUGAAAGCCAUGACGCAGCAGCACAGUACUCCGCUGUCUCUACUUUUGAAGAGGAAGAGGCAGACGAAGAGGUGACUUUCAAUCCUGGCAGUUUAGCAUCGGAUGAAAUCUCAGUGGAUAAAGAUACUAUGCUUCAGAGUGUGGGAGAUGUCUUAAAGAGUCAGCAGUCCUUCCAAAAUGGUGAGGUCAAGCAAGUGGUGGUCCAGGAGCAGUCCACAAAAAUGGAGAUUGCCAAAGUCUCAAAUUCUGCUAGAAGGUCUGCGGAUGCCUCUUCAAACCUGUCUUCACUACCCCCUCCCUCUCUCCUCCUCUUACCUGGGGCUGUGUCCCCAGGAGACAAAAUUGUCAACUCUGCCUCCUCGUCUCACCUAAAGGGUGACCUCAGCCCUAGUUCUAACCCAAGCACAGUUAUGGAGGAGAUCACCCAAGCUUCAUCGCAGUCCACUAGCACUCCAGCUUUGAGCCCAGAAACUCAGCAGUCCAUGCUUGACGCCUGCCCCCACGAUGUCCUCUACAUCUCGGACCUCAUCACCUUUUCCUCCAGGUUCUGUGGGUCCAACCGGCCUCCCAGCAGUCAGCUGGUUUUCGGUUCAAGCCAGGAGAUGGUGGAGGUCAUCAUGGAGCUCAUCACUACCACCCACUGGGGACGUGGCUUUGCUCUUCUGUUCCACUAUCACAACCUGACCGAGCCAGGGGGGGACCGUCGUGCCAUGGCUCCCGCAGCCAGCAAGGUAGACUCUCUGCUGGCUGCUGUGAGUGGAGCAGCCUUCUUCGCUAUGAUACUUACAAGUGCCCUCUGCAUCAUUUUCAGACCCAAACUGUGUCCAAAAAGAGCCAACUCCUGCUCAUCCAGCAACUCUGAGGUGCCAGCGGGAGCCCAGACCACCGGGGCCGAGGUCAGUGAACUGCAGCUGAUGGCUGAGAGUCAGGCCAACCUGGAGACAAACACAGAGCAGGACAACAACAACGACAGCCCUCCACAUACAGUCAGCGUUGGCGGCGACGUUUCUCAGAAUGCAGAGGUGGAUCUGUCCUGCAGCGGUCUGACUGAGCUCGAUCUUGGUGCGGAUGAGGUUUUCAUUGUAUCAUCAGCCCCAAGCCCAAGUGGCCUACCCUUCUCCCCUCUCACGCAGCGGGAGAGGUUUCUGCGACACAGUGACACCGGUCCUGACCCUGCAGGAGAGUGGCCUGACCUCACCGCCUCACCGACCGGUGCCAGGUCCGCCAAGGACGACGGCAGCGGCUGCGCCAGGCAGAGAGCGUGGAGCGUGCGCACCUUCCAGGACUUCCUCCCUCCGUUGCCGCAGCUUCAUAAGAAGUGGUGCAGCUGGAACUCCACCAGUCCCUUCACCAAGCUGGUGGACAGUGCUCCACCCAGUUUGGCAGCUAACUGCAGAGGUCCUGACAGCAGGAAGGUCUUCUCCGACGUUCACCUGGAAGCCAAGGCAGACACCAGCACCAUCUCUGACUCGUCCAUGAGCAACGCCUCCUACCCCCUCACGCAGCCUGCCCAGAGGCAGCGGCGUCUCAACUCCGCCAGCAACCUGCGACGCUCGCGGUUCACAGGGCCUUGCUUUGGCCUUCUGUCCGGGACGGCAGACCCAAUGAAAGCCUGCGGGGUCCUUAACACCCCCGUCUCCCCUCCAGAGCCCAACCCCGGCUCUUCCUCCUCCACACAGUGUCAGAUCGACAGUGGUCAGGCUGGAAUGAGGCGCGAUUUCCCGGGCGAGGGCGAUCACGUCAGCGUCCCCGUGUUUGCCAUCUCCGAGGAGGAGGACCGGCAGCCUCUGGUCUCAGCUGAGCACCUGGACCAGACCUCUGCUGUAGUGAACGGACUGGCUAAGGGGACACAUGAAAGUAAGAAGGCCACUGUAAGAAGCAUCAGCCUCAGCCCUCAGAGAGCAAGGCAGGAGUGGAGGCCAUGGGGGAGCCAGGUGUCGGGAGGGAUUGGUCCACUCCCUUCCAGCGCGCUGACCCAAUCAAACACAGUCAAUGACAGCCAGACACCCUUCGGCCUGUCCCCAGGGCUGUGCAGUGUGACCAAACAGAUGUGAGGAGAUGGUGAAGAGCAGGGACUCUGACGGGACAGUUCACGCAUUUCUGAACUCUAUUAGUACCACUGUGAAAUAUAUAGCCAACUUCUCAGCUUUUACAAAACUAUUAUUACAUUUACUAUAGCUUCCUGUUGUCAAAUAUAUUCUUGUCACGCUGUUUUUUUUUUUUUCUUUUCUAUUUUUAUAAAGUUAUGUAUGGACAAAGAAGAAAUAAUAUGCUGCUUACGAUACCAAGGCACUGACUGCUGUGGUGUUAUAUAUAAAAAAGAUGACUGCAAACACAAACUAAAUGUAUUGUUUGGAGUGACUACUUCAUAACCCCAAUAUUUUAUCAUGUCAAUAUUUAGAUAGAUGCUAUUCAGGGAGUUAUGAUACUCCAACCAUCGCACUUUGCUUUCAAUAGAUCUUUCACUUUGGAUUUUGAGCUGCCUGUGCUUUCUGCUUUUUCCUUAAUGUCGUUUCCAUGUGAUCAUUUCUGAUACUGCUCAUUCAUUAUUACCCAAAGGAAUUCUGCAGAGCAUAGAUCAUACAGUUAUAUCAAUGUUGCAACAGUGCAUGCAUACAAUAUAUACUCAUCUAAGGCUGAUACUGGAUUAUAAAAGGGAACUCAAAAUAAAAGUGUAUAAAAGUACUAAUAUACACCAUAGUGUUAAGAGAGAUACGUGUAGUGUUAAGGGAGAACUAGAACCCACAAUGGUAUUUAAAAUAAGCUGUUAUGAAUUAAUGUAAAGUUUUAAUAAAGGUAAUGUCAUUCA